AUGUCGGGGUCGCACGCGAGACGAAAAAGUGACUUUAGUAUUGCGAGAAUACUCUCAGAUGACCCGAACGCAUCUCCAGGGAUUAAAAAUGGUGAAGAAAUAUCGAACAUAGAUGAUUACCCAUUUGAUCGUGAGGAUGAUGUUGACGUUAUCACGGUUGAGCAUCAGAAUGAGGCGUCUCUCGGAGACAAUGUUCACGAACAACGGCUGAGGCUCGUGAAUUCGUGUGGAAAAGAUGAAAAAGUGAAUUUAUCUCGGGUUGAAGAUUCGAAUUUGGAUAUGUGCGGGGAGUUGGGGGUGCACAGUGACCUUCAGUGGCUUCAGUGCACGAGGUAUAGACCCCCGAGACUACCCCGGAGAACUUCCGGGACCAGAAACUGCAAGAGGAGGCCGGCCACCCAUCCCAGGAUACCUUUCACGUCCUUUCAACUGGAGGUGCUUGAGGAUAAAUACAAGACUGGGCCAUAUCUUACGAGGAAGGAUGUUUUGCAGCUGGCGGGAAUCCUCAGGCUGCCGCAGAGUCGUGUCAAGAUUUGGUUCCAGAAUCGACGGGCGAGGGAUCGGCGGGAGAGCAAGGUCUCGAGUAGUUUAAGUAUUUCGUAG